AUGGUCGGCUCACCACCGGCCAAAGCGAUCGACGUCGCGAGCUCCCCCACGUCAGCGACGCUCUUUGCGACUGCUGCAAUACAUGGAUCUCCUCUACAAGAGUCCACGGAAGACACUAGCCACAUCUGUGCGUCUCAAUUGGACGCGUCUGUCCACCAACAGUCGCCCAAAGCCACAAACCCGGCGGGCUCUCGGAAACGAGUCUUUACCUUUCAGAAGCGAUGGCUACAUUCUCUGCCAAUCAUCGAGCGAUCAUUACCGGAGUCAGACGUGGAUCAUAAUCAAGCACUGAAAGAUGCCUGCACCGCUACUGGAGCCUCAUCCUCAGCUGCUAGCGACUCGGACACACUCAAGAAUGUGAUUGUUUGUAUGCUGUGUGAUGAACCAGCGGUCAAGCGCGAGAUGGCCAAGGUAUGGAACCGCCUCAACUGUCGUCGUGGACGUAUUGAGAACCAUUUGAUGAGCAAACAUCCCGAGUUUAUGCGGCUGCUAAAGCACAAGCGCGAGGCAGAAGGAGACCUGGCAGUGCAGAUUUUCUUGCAGAAUUUACGUGAUGGGCGGUGCAAUGCACGGACAGAAAUUAAUACUGGACUGUACAGUCAGCUGACGAUUGGUGCUGGUGCUGAGGCUGUUGCGGUGGGCUCAAGCUCGGCUGUUGCCGAGAAUAUGGAGCUUCAGAAACGAACGUUUGGGGACUAUACGGGGACCGCUCGUGAAGACUUGGACCACCGGAAACGCUUUAAACUCACUUCUUUUCCUGCGACUGGAAUGGACACGGUGGCAAUGGCUUCGCCGUCGCCGUAUUCAGCUGGAAGUAUGGCGAUGCUACGGACUAAUGGAGCGGCUAGUGCCGAGGCUAGUGGCGUGGACGGCUUAGCGUCCCCGGUGUUGUAUCAAGAUGCAAUGAUGUCUGCACAAUGGCAGACGGUACUUUAUAACAAAUUGGUGGUGGUGACUGGAGGAGGCAACAGCGUCAUAACGUCCGUAGCGACACAUCUGUGGCUCUUAGGGGCAAACGUACUGCUCACUUUUGCCAACUUGUCAGCGUUGGACGAGUUUAACGCAAAACAUAUUGGCCGCAUCCCGGACCCGUCCGACAGCGAAGAUAGUCCGCGUGGUGUAAUGCUUCCUAUGCUAGGGUCGUUUCGGAGCCAUGCUGACAUAAGCGAGUGGUGCAGCUCUAUUGCUACAAAGUACCAGCGUGUGGAUUUCCUGAUCAAUUAUGCUGGGCCUGAAGUGCUAGAGUCGCUAUUGCUCGAAGACGCGGAGGAAGCUGCAUCGAAAAAUGAGUUUGCUCUGUCUAGCGCGACUCUCAUUGAAGCUUUGAGCGAGUCCAUGUCCUCGACGUGCUUUCCAAGCCCCGUUGCAGGCGACGACAGCUGGCUUUUACCCAGCUGUGGUACCAUUGUGAACGUCGCUUCAGCUCAGGAUGAUGCUGUCAUCGAUCCACUAGUGAAAGCGUUAGCUGUCAAGCUUCACCCGCGCAAUAUCCAAGUAAACUGCGUGUUGCUUCCACUCCGGCAGGCAGUCGACGCUGCUGACGUUGAGGCUACGGAAGACAUAGCAGCGCUGACCCAGUCGAUCCUGUUCCUUUUCUCGCCGUCCAGUCGACUCUUAUCAGGCAGCGUACUACGUCUCCAGCAGGACAAGACAUUGUCACACGUAUCUUCGAGCACUGCCGCUGCAACUGUGCAAACAUGUGGGACUGACGCCACCGACGACACGGUUGAUGCCAUGGAUUCCCAUUCGAUUUAA